GCGACAAAACCUGCCCAGCAUCCGUAGUUUGAUGACGUCACGGCCAAACAUGGCGGCUUGCUCCGAAUGAAUGAGCUAAAGGCAAAACCACAACAAACGUGUUUGCGAAAACGAACUUUAAAUAUAAAGUAUCGGCCGCGCGGCUGUAAGACACUGAGCAUCCACGAAGCAGUUAAUACAAUAAUGUUCAGCAGAGAUUGCGUCGCUAUUGCUGUUUUAGUGAACUAUGUCAGAACCUGCUGCUGGCACUCCUGAGUUCACUGACCUGUGGAGGAGUGUUUCCAAACUUUGUCACAGCAAAAUACAAGACAAGAAAACAGGAAAGCAGAUGCCUGGCACAACGACAUCACCCAUGUGUAAAGAUUUGCAGAGUCCUAAACGCAGAGGCUGCAGCAGAUACCCCGGCCUGAAUAAUGGGGAUUCUCCAGGUGAUGUGGAAACAUCACAAGACAUUUUCUGGGAUCCCACAUCUCCCACUCCAACUAAUACUGGGCUCAGGAACACCAGAGUUGUGGAAAUAUCAGAUAUCGUCAACCGAAUUGCUCCAAAGGAUGUGAAACAGAAGGGGACUGAAUCUCCUCUACUGCAGUGGAUAGGUGACAGUGCCGUCCCUUGCACACCGGUCAUCCCAAAACCAAGAGUCAGGAAGAAGUCCUCUCGGCAGAGCAGUGUGGAGGACCUCAUGAAACUGGCCAGGCAGUUUGACGAGAACAUGCAACAAGACAGGGAGACUUCAGAACAGCUUAACACUGUCAACAAUAACCUCAAUGAAUGUUUGAAGACUUCCAAAACAAAACUGACAGAGACAUCAUUCCCUAGCAAUGUGAAGAACCGAAAGUGUCCAUCCCCAUCGGAUCAGAUGGAGGCAGAGCUGCACGCUCUGUUUGACUGCUCCACUCAGAGAGUCAGUGGCCGGCUAAGCCAGGGCUCCUCAGCAUCAGCCUAUUCACAGGAAAUAAAAGAUCAAUCUGUGACUUUAACUUUAGCUGAAACCCGACAAUUAGAGCUCAAGUCAGCUGACAAGUCUGGCCCAGCUGCACAUCCUGCUGAAGAAAAAGGAUCUUGUGGUUUCAGUGCAAACAAGUGUGAUGACUUUGAUGACGACUGGGAGAAUGAUGACCUACUUAAUGACUCUUUUGUGCUGGCGAUGACCCAGGAUCCUGACCAGCAACAUGACACCAACCCUAAAACCACCUUGCAGUCUAACACUAAGACAAACACUACUCCGUUCAUCUCUGUUUGCAAGCCUACUGCAAAUACAAACUCUGCACAUCAGCCUUUAAACUUGCACUCCAAGCCAAGCUGCAGUACACUCCAGGAACUGUGUCCCAAACCAAAGACUACCAACCGAAGCACUUUCAAGUUAGAGCCCAACCCUCACUUCCAGCCCAAGACGGCUGCCAAAGAAGUUUCCAAGUCCAGCUUCACUGUUAUACAACCUAAAUCAGAGAUGUCUGUCCAGAAAUCUGCUCCGACAAAGACACUGUCUACUCCUCAACCUGACAAGAUCACUAAUAAUCAGAAGGAGACUAGGGUAGCUGCAGACUCUGUUAAAGACAUUUCAGACAGUUUAUGGGAUGAUGGGGAUGAAGACGCGCUGCUCUACCAGGUAUGUGACAGCGUGGAGAGGAUCUCCAACAGUCAGCCACUGCAAGUGAGCCCCAGCAACUGCCAAGAAAAACAAGAUAUUGCUGUAGACAGACAGCGAAAAACCACAGUGCCUCUGCCAAUCGACACGGCCUGGUCCAUGAAGGCCGGUGCCAGUGCUAAUAGACAGUCGCCAUGUGCUUUUGUUCGUUCUAACUCAUUACCAGGGACUAGCUGUGAAAGUGUGAACUACCAAGGAUGGGACAUUCCCAUGAAAGGUGCCAACAACAAAUCACAGAUGUCUCAGAGCCUCCCAGGAAGCCGCAUGAGUCUGGGCACAUUUAGCCAGUAUAGAGAUUCCUCUGGAACUUUCCAGGCUGGGAAUGCUAAUGUGGAUAUGAAGCCACAUACAGUGACAGCCAGGGCAACACAGAACUCCACGUCCCAUCACACAGCCUUUAAGAGAAAUGUAUCUGACUCAGCAGUUAUAAGCAACAAAGUUUUUGUCACAAGCCAGAUGACAGGGAAGUGCUCUGCAGCCGAGAUCGAGAGGAAAAAACAGGAAGCCUUGGCCAGGAGGCGACUGCGAAUGCAGAACGCCCCAAAACCAUAGAGGAGCUCCAUCCUGUCUGAAGGGAUAUUAUUAUACUGCAAUAAGCCUUUGCAAACCUCAUCAUUCCAUACCAGUGAUUCAGCCACCUCCUUAUCAGGAUGUUACCCAUAAUGAAAUCUAAGAUGAUAUCAUGUUAGUGUUAAAAGUUCAGUAUUAGAUCACCAGGUUUUGGAUGAUUUGCUUGACUCUCUGCACAGAACGGACCUAGUGUCUAUUAAAAACAAGUGAAUGCUUCUUGUAAGAGCUGCAGGAUGUUUUUGCUGCUAAUGUAAAAGCAUGUUUAUGAGAAGCAAGUUUGAUGCAAGUCUCAGAUUUGGUGCUGGAAUAACAUAAAAAGAGAUUUUCCUGAGCUUUUUCACAGUUUGACUUUGAAAAAUAGUUUACAUCCACUUGAGCUUGAAAUAAUUCCAAAUGCUGACUAACACAUUUUUCUGUUGUUUCCCAGCAUCAUAACCUCAGAAAUUGUUUUUUGCAGAUUUUUUUGUUUUUAGUCCCAUCUCAGUUUUACUUCUCAAACUACAAUACCAAGGGCUGACAUAAAUUAAAACACAGUGUUGUUGAUGUUAUCCAUCAGAAAUUAAUGUCUACAGUUUACACUGCUGUAUUCUCUACUGUAUGUGUUUGAUAAGUUAGGUUAUGUGCCUGCAACGUUUGAUGUUUACUUGGCAUAUUGUGUAUAUAUAUAUAUAUUUGGCAAUUUUCAUAACCUUGUGAUCAAAAGAACAUUGCUUUAGUUGAAAUGAAUUAAGACAAUAUUGUAACACAAUCUAAAACUUUUCUUUGGGUCCAAAUUACAAAUUUAAUAGAAUUUGAGUCUGUUUUAUAGAUGAAAAUAAGCAUUCCAUGAUUCAGCAGAUUUUGUUUUGUUAAUAUUUCUUGUUUGUUUUGCCCUGCAUUUUGUUUGUGCAUGCCACAUGUUUUAUCCAUUUUUUUUUUUUUUUUUUUAUUUUUAUUUUUUUUUUUAGCACAAGUCAGAAUCAACAGUGUUAUGGCCCUCCUCUGCAGGCACAAUUUAUUGUAAUAGCUAUGCACCUUUUUAAAAAACACAACCAUGGAAAUGCAUUUUUUUUAUUCCCACGGGACUGAAGACUGAAAGGAAGGAGACGGCCUCCCUACAAUUCCUAGAAGUUUUGAUCAGCUGUGUUAUAAGGGUAGACAGGUGAGACAACAAUCAGAUAAAUAUGUUGGUGAGCUCUUUGUUUCUAUCUUAGUGCCUUAGUAUGUCAUAAGGAAUCUGACUCCAGCCCCUGUUACUUCACAGCAACAUGAUGGACUUGGCUGUACACAUUCUCCUAAUUUAUCUUUCAUGAUGUUUAUGCUUGUUAUGAAUACAAAGAAAUAGCUGAACACAUUUGGCUGCUGAAAUACACUUAAUGGUUUAUAGCUGUUUCAUUUAACUGUAGUUUCAGUUGUCUAAAAUAUAAUACAUAAAUAACAAAUAAACUGCGCCAAUCGUA